AUGCCUAAGCACACCCGCUCGUCAAGUUCGAGCCACAAUCGUUACUCGAACCCGAAUCCCAUGCCCGUCUCUCUCGCUCCCUCAGCCCCCGUCCCCAUUUACAGUACACGACCGUCUCUACCGGGGGGCUACUACCCGACUGUUGCCUCUACAUCGGCACAGCCUUCUAUGCAGGCGCAGCAGUAUGAUCCCUACCCGGCAGACAUAGUACCGCAGGCACCGAUGCCGAACCGUCCUUCGUCCGGUGCCUGGACGGUCCAGGACGACCAGAACUUGCUGGCGGCCAGACAACAAGGCCUCAACUGGGCCCAGAUCCAGAGCAACUAUUUCCCUAACAAGUCACCGAAUGCCUGCCGGAAGCGCCACGAACGGUUGAUGGAGCGUAAGGGUGCCGACGACUGGGAUAACAGGAAGCUGGAGCGUCUAGCAAAGGAAUACAUGAGCAUGCGUAAGGAGAUCUGGCAGCCGCUGGCUGCGCGCACGGGAGAGAAAUGGAUCGUUGUCGAAGCAAAGUGUAUGAAUAAUGGGCUCAAGAACUUGCAGUCGGCAGCUCGGUCGGCGGCGCGGCGCGAGAGGCUGGAAUCUGGCCAUCCAAUCCAUGGGUAUGACGACGAUAGCGGCAUUUCCGGCAUUGGUCUGACUCCAGUAGAUGACCUCGACGCCUCGUAUAGCAGCCCCGAGACGACGUCGAGCUCGCACUCGGGCGGCAGCAACGGCGGCGGUUACGGCGGCGGCUCUAUCCAUCCCAUGGCACUCGGCCACCCAUAUGGUGCCAACUACACUGCCAGCGCCGGCGGACUUUCAUCUAGUUACGGCUCUUCGGUCUCGUCCACAGCGGCGGCACACUACGGUGCCAUGCAUAAUUCUCAUUCUCAGGGAGGGUCGCCCUAUAUGGGCGACGGACAGAGACUUCCUAGCGUUGACAUGGGUAUCGACGCCAUCAUUAAUCGACCGGGCCACAACGGCGGACCUACUCAUGGCAUGUGA